UAAAUUAUAAAAAAUCAUUUCACAGCGACGCAAAAUUAAAGGCAACAAGCCCCUUUCACCGCAUGGCGUUAAUGAAUCAUUCCUCGCGCACACUGGGCGGCAGGUUUACCAAUUUAUUUGCACUCCAAUUCCCUGCCGGAAAUUUCCAAGUUUUUCGCACAAGCAAUUGGUGCAGCAAUCACUGCAACCCCUCUCUCUCCCCCUCAACUUAAGCAGAUACCGGUGGACCCACCAAGCAACUGGGGAGUGGGGUUUUGGGGAAAAUUGGCCCGCGCCGCCAGGUGGGGCUGGUUGAAACUGGCAGGAAAAGAGGGCGGCGGUGGCGGUUGUGAUGGUGCCGACGGUAGAGAAGAGGAAGUACCGUUUUCCGGCGAAUAAUCCACAAAUUUGAAGAAUGUAUGAGAAGAAACGCAUAUCAGAGACAGUUCGAAAUGGUGGGUUAGAUAAGAAUUUGAAUUUUACGAGAUUUUUUUUUUGGAUAAGUAGAUAUUUAUUUAUUGGAACUAUUUUGGUGUCUAAUACUAAGUUUAGGAGGUAGGUGAGGGAGGUACAUGUCUGCAAGUAUCUAAGAGAGGGGAAAAAAAUCAUUAAAUUGAUUCCAUUUCACUUGGCCAAUUGAAAUUAAUGAAGCAAUUAACAUCUAGACAGGAGCCGUGUAAGCUUAACGCUCAAAUGGAGCCCCUAUUUUCUGUAUCUGUCACAAUUCUGUCUCCUAGCAGAGUACUUUAUUUGCUCUCAUUUCACUAUAAAAUUCUACACCCAAUCGAACUUCAACAGGAGAAUCUCCACAUAACCAUGGAUUUCAAAGCAGAGCUCAACACACAAGUAGCAGAAGAAGAUGAUGGUUACUAUGCUGAGAUUAGGAAACAAAUCAUUCUACUUUUGACAGCACUUGAGGACGACGACGACGUCGAACGACCUCCCAAAACUGCAGCAAAACGAGGUGCAGAACAAAGCGGUCGUCGUCACCCACAGCCAGAGAGAAACUUGAGUUGGUGUCUAAAUGGGAAUGAUUUAGAAGGACCUGUUUGGCAUGUCAAUUCAUGGGAGAAUGGGAAUGGAACAGGAGUUUUCAUCCCUCAAGCAGUCAAAUACAAAAGAUACAGUAUUUUCAGAAGGAUGAGAAAGCAUGAGAGAAAAGAAAAACACAGACUAAACAGACAACAAGACCAAGGAUCAUCCGUGUUUUCAGGAGGCUAAAUUGCAAAAAUUACUUCCGAACUUUACUUUUCUUUCAAAAGUUGCAAUAUUCGUCAAAAUUUUCAAGUUACUAAUAUAUUUUAAUCUCGGAA